AUGUCUGCUGUAGAGGAACCUGCUCCUGGUCCUGCUGGUCUUUCUGGUCCUGCUGGUUUGGGUCGGCCUCCCCUGGCAGAGAAGGCCCUGUCGGAUCCAUUCGCCCGGCUGCGGUUCCGGGACACGUCUCUGCUCAUCUGGCAGCGGCAGCAGCAGCAGGCGGUUCCCUCCACCUACCUGAGCCGCAGCCAGUCUGCCUGGUACAGCAGCUACGGGAACCAGGCCGUCCUAGUCCGGGACAAGAGGGGCCUGGAGGAAGCAGAGGGCCAGUCCAGGAUCUGCAGCAUUAUGUAGGACGGGUCAGAGGCUGGUUCUGUUCUGGACUGCCUUCUUUCCAGUCCUCCAGAACUAUUUACUUUAAAUUUUAGUGGACUUUUAUUUUGUAAAUUCAGAACUGAUUUCCUAGAAGGUUACUGCUCCAUUCUGAUUGUUUUAUUUUCAAAGGGCAGUAUUUCACAAAUAAAAGCCAUAAAGAACCAGAUUGUGCAGAACCAGACGGAACUCUGACGGACCUUAAAUGGAUAGUUCUCUGGUCUGCUCGUCAAUAAAGUCAAACUGAAGUGAG